GCCAGGGGGAUCAUUUAAGGGGAUCAGCCCCUCCCUCAGUUGUUCAGCUGAUCAGAGAGGUGUCGGGAAACUUAGUGGAGGCUUGGGACCUCUAGGGGAGCACGUACCCAGCAAUGUACCAAGGAGCUUCCGAAAGGAAAAGACUCUAUUCCGGAAGGCUUAAAGGGACCACGCCCUCGGGUGUCGAUACGGAUAGAUGGAAGCUAUGCUAAACCCAUCCUUGACACCAGGGCGCAGGACAAGUUGUUGUACAGUUCGUUGUACAACCGGUUUCUGAAGCAUUUGCCCUUGACAACAUUAAGGGCACUGGAGAUUUGGGGUACCAAUGCCGGUGAUUAUCCAUAUGACCGUUACUGGUCAGUGGAACUGGAGUUUUUGAAGGUCAAUGUGUGGGAGUCAAAUGGCCGUGAAUCGUUAAUACUGAUGUGUCCGGACCCUGGUGCGACGGGCAGUGUUUUGAUUCUGGAGGGGACCAACACCUCGCUGAUGAGGAAGCGCAUGGGGGCCUGCCAGGAGGAGGCGGGUGAGAGCUGUCUGGGGGCACUGUCUGUGCACCCAGUGUUUCGAGCUGAAUACAGUCCUGAGGGCCAAAGACGCUAUGGUCUGUCUGAAUGGUGCGACGUGGUUUAAUGUGCUGGAUCUGAGAAGUGGAUGUUGCCAGAUCCCGAUAAGUGAGGCCAACAAGGAGAAGACGGCCGUUAUAGAUUCCGUAGGAUUCUUCCGUUCCGAAAAGGUGCCACAGGACGUAUCCGGAGUCCCUGCAACCUUCCCGCAGGGCAUGGGGACGACCAUGGGGGAUAUGGAGGUGCGUGGAGUAUUGGUGUAUCUGGAUGACCUCCUAGCAUUGGAAUUCGUCUUGGAAGACUAUGAAGCGAGGCGAGUGACGGAUCCUGGGCGAUUGGGGAUUAACGAAGUAAAACUUCCUUUGAACGAGUGCCAGGUCUGGAGAAGUACGCAACUCCUGAGAGAGGAUAUUUGCAUCGCUGAACUGAACGCUCAUAAAUGCAGGCUGGAGACUGAGUGCUGCAAUUCUGGGACAACUAUUGAAGAAUUGGAGUUCACGCUCGUCAAACUGGAGACGGGGAAACGGAAUUCCGAGCCGAAACUUCUGUCAUUUACUGAUGAAUUUUCCAGAGAGACGAAACAAUGACCAACCUUCGAAAGGAUAAGCAGGAACUCAAGAAACCGAUCCAGAACAGAUUGGAAGAAGCUGGUGGUGUAAUUGCGUCCCAGAUGGAGAUGAACUCGAAGCGUGAGUCAGAACUGCUGCGACUGGGGCGAGAGUUGGAGGAGUCGGAGAAGAAGCUGACGUCUCGACUGCAGCAGGCUGAAGAGGCUGCAGACGCAGCCCAGGCUAAGUGCUUGCGUUUGGAGAAAAUCAAACAGCAGCUACCGAUCAAGGAAAGGGGAAGAUUACGGAUUCGAAACAUGAUGUGCUGGAUGUGUGCUAUUGUUUUCGCGGGCUUUGAGCAGAAGGUGCGAUGGGGACAGAUACUGGAGACGCGAUGCUUAAACUGGGCGACGCAACGAACCCCGAGCGGGAGUCCGAGGCCUAGGGUCUUCGGCGAGGAGAGGAGACGAAGACAGACUCGUGUGGAGCGUCUGGUCGACAACCGUGGUUGAUCCCAGGUGGCGGGUCGAGGGGGUCGGAGGGGAUCGAAUGGUGGAUAGAAGACUCCGUUAAUUGAGCUCCAACUGUGUGCAUGAAGUGUUUGCACUUUGAUAAGUUUGGCGCCUUUUACUUUCCUUUUAUAUUUAUCACUAUUAAUGACAUAUUUCCAGUAAGAUCUAUAGAGUUUAAUCAUUUAAUCGCAUAUGGUGUAUUGUCUGUUAUUGGCGGGGUGGGGUACAUCACACAGCAUCCACACAAACUUGAUUACUCAGUUUGAUGGGGCCAAAGGCUGCUCCCCCUAGACGAAAGUGAGCUGAGUGAGUCUGAGGCUUACCAGGGGGCUGCACUUGUAACUCAUGCCAUAGGCUCUGAUUAAGCCUCAUCUCCUGCCUGUUCUUUCUCUAAUCUCUGUUGCACACUAUCUUUGAUUUAUUUAUGUUUUCCCCUUCCUCAGCCUUAUGACUCCAGUUUCCAGCCUCUGCCAAAUUAGUUUAUACCCUCCCUAACAGCUCUAUUAAAUGUGCCUGCUAAUAUAUUGGACCCCUUUGGGUUCAGGUGUAACACGUCCUUUUUGCAUAGGUCGUACCUCCUCCAGAAGAGGCCGCAAUGAUCCAGAAGUCUGAAGCCUUUGCCCCCAACACCAGUCUCUCAGCCACACAUACUAUCGUUGCUCUCUCUAGCACGUGGUACAGGCAGCAAUCCCGAGAUUACAACCCUAGAGGUUCUGCCUUUCAGCUUCCUACCUAACUCCUUGAAUUCUCUCUUCAGGUCCUCCUCCCGUUUACUACCUAUGUCAUUGGUACCAACGUGUACCAAGACUUCUGGCUGGUCACCCUCUCCCUUCAAAAUAAUCUGCACCCGAUUCGAGACAUCCUGUACCCUGGCACCUGGGAGGCAACAGACCAUGCGGGUAGCUCUAGCAGGCUGACAGAACCUCCUGUCUGCUCCCCUCACUACGGAAUUCCCUAUGACUAUUGCAUUCCUUAUUUUCCUCUUUCCCUUC